AUGUGUCUCCGUGGAACUGUACCAAGUAUAACUGAUUUUGUCUGCUAUUGUUGUACAUUCGGGAUUCCCGAAUCGAUUGCCCGAGUUUUUAAAGGGAAUCCUUCUUUGAAGUCCCUGUUCCUACUGAAAUCCGUUCCCGAUUCCGGUGCCGUCAGCACCAAGUUACUUAUUCUCGAUUAUUUAAUGUUAUUUUUUUUUAUUAGAGACGUUUGGGGAAAGUUAAUAAUUGCAGUAUAUGAAGCAGAGUGGAAGACAAAGGCUCAUUUAAAGUUGAGAAAUAACUAUCAUCAAGCUUUGGCAGAAGGUCAAAAAGAGGUGGGCCACACAGAAGAAAAAGAAGAAAAGAGUUUAUUGGAAAACCAAUUUCCAAAAACACUAGAUUUCUUUUUGGCUCGUUUGUAG